AUGUCCCCCCUCCGCAUCGGCUUCGUCCCAGAGCACUUCUCGACCCCCCUCGCCUUCGCACAAAAACACCACAACCUCGACGCCACGCUCCUCCCCUUCCCCUCCGGAACAGGACAUAUGGUCACUGCGCUGCGGGAGGGCGAGAUAGAUGUCGGUGUGGGGUUGACGGAGGGGUGGGUCGCUGCGCUGGGGAAGGGACAGAUGGGACAGACCUCUGGACAGUCCUCUGGACAACCCUCUGGGCAAGCCUCUGGACAACCCUCUGGGCAAGCCUCAGGGCAACCCGCCAGGCAAGCUGUCGGGCAACCCGCCGGCUUCAAACUAAUAGGCACCUACGUCGAAACACCCCUCUGCUGGGCGAUAUCGACUGGCGCACAGCGCGAGGAUGUCAAGGAUAUUGGGGGGCUGGAGGGCCGAACAGUCGGCGUAUCGCGCAUCGGCAGCGGGAGCUACGUUAUGAGCUUUGUGCUCAAGGAGCAGCAAAGAUGGGGGAAAGCGUUCAACACCGCGGUUCUGGAUACGUUCCAGCGGCUGCGGGAGGGGGUUAAUACGGGGACGGCGGAUUUUUUCAUGUGGGAGCAUUUCACUAGUAAACGGUACUUUGAUAAUGGGGAAAUUAGGCGCGUGGGGGAGAUUUAUACGCCGUGGAGUUCGUGGAUGGUGGUUGCUAGGGAUGAGCUUGUUGAGUCGGUCGGGGGUAAGGGGGAGGGGGAAAUGAAGCUGAAAGAAGAGCUGGAUGAUGUGCUGGACAAAAUUAAUAAGGGCGUUAGGUAUUUUGAGGAGAAUACUGAGGAGGCGGUGGGGUAUAUUAGUACGCAGUUGGAUUACUCGGAGGAGGAUGCUAGGGAGUGGCUUAAGACUGUGCGGUUUUCGAGGGAUGUUAGGGGCGUGGAUAGGGGGGUUGUGGAGACUACGGUGGGGGUGCUGAGGAAGGCGGGGGUUUUGGGGGAGGAGGUCACUGGGGAGGGGAUGGUUGGGUUGGCGAGGGAGUGA